AUGGAGCGUGGCCUACAGACCUCCAUGUGGGCGGCGGGAAUGCCCUCAUCACGCCGGACAUACGACCUAGCCCGGCACGACACAAGGUCCAGGUCGUUGCCGCCGCCCAUGUCCGGCUUCGCGGCGCCCUCAGCAACGUCGACAUCAACGCCCGGCUCACACACCACCACCACCAGCACCACCACAGCCGCCAUCACCCCCUUCCUCCCGGCGACACAAGCACCCGCAGCAGCAAACGCGGGCUGUCCCUCCCGUGUCAAAUCCUUCCGCCGCUUCGAGCAGGCCUGCCGGCGGGUGCGCUGGAAAUGCAUCGACCUCGGGAACUCGUAUAGCCGUGCCCUGGACCCCGCCGACUGCCACUUUACUGCGGCUGACGCCGAGAUGAACUUCAAGGUUGAUUUCCACGAGUUCUACGCGUGGAUCGAGCAGGCUAUUGUGCUAUUGCUCCGGGUCUUUGGGGUGUCUGUGAAAGGGGGCAGCUCGUGGUGGGAUGGGACACGGCCCGCCGGUAACUCAUCGCAUGCGUACCAUCAUAAUGUGCUGAAGGCGCUCGAGGAGGAGGAAAAUCCGCUGUACGGCGUACUGGGAAGCGGAGACGUCCACAAGGCGCUUUGGGAGGCGAAGAAGCUGCGCAAUAGGUGGAAGGAUGCGUCCGAGGACAAGGAGACGCCGCCUUUGAAGAUGUAUAAUUUGCACUGGAUUGUUGCCGAGAUACUCGAGGGGCUGGAAAAGGCAUAUCUUUUGGCUAAGGAAGAGGUUGGGGAUGAUUUGCAGAACGGCAAUGGCGACGGGAUGGCUGUCGAGAAUGGCUGGGACUGGGAGUGGAUGGUUGAGAGCAUGGAUUGGGAGGCGUGA